AAAAAAAAAAAAAGCACGAAGCAAAGUUCGGUUGGUAGCCAACAAAAAUCUAUCCGUAGUUUACUUCUGUGCCGGACCUGCGGGUAGGGUGGUAGGAUGCAGCCGUGCAGCGGGCUACCACGCACCAGACCGACCUAACCCUACACCGUGCACCAGACUGACCACACUUCGUCGUUGUUCUGGUUGUUCGUUUCAAGGUGUAGAGAUCUCCGAAUUUGACAUCUGGAGUUUGUGUUGGCUUGAUCUUAGAAAGAAAUGCUUUCUGCCCACAAGUAUCGGACUCGCAAGCGGUAUUUAGAGCCGGACGCGUCACCGUACGAGCGCAUGCCCAGGUCGACGUUGCAUUGGAUUAAUGCAAGGAAUGCAACCGCUUCUACAGAUGCCUCCACGUCGUCUGUCCCCCCUCAUCCUUCGGCCGAAUUACCCGACUACACUGAGGAACAACUGGACACGGCCGAGCACGAAAAUCUGGGCUUGGGCCAUGAUCAUCCGCGGGAGGAUCGACCGUUUGUCGAGUUCGCGACGCCGCUUGGAAACGGCACCUCUUUGUCCGUUGGUGAUGCGCUCGUUCUGAUUAUGGAUUACGCUAUCGAUGAGGGACUGGCAUGGACUAGCAUCGAAAAGCUUUUAAAGCUGCAGAAUCGUCUGUUGGGAACAAACAGCCUUCCUGAGAGUAAAUAUUUAUUUCGCAAGUUCGCAAGUGCCUCCCCAGAUGACGUUACUUUUUAUUUUUACUGUCCCGCCUGCGAAACUCUCUUGACGAAGACAGCGGGAAGUUUGAAGGAAAGACAGGCCAUCUCCCCCACGUGCUCAAUCUGUGGCGAUCAGUACCUCGGGCGGGACCUCAUGUCCAAAGGCAACUAUUUUGUUAGUUUGCCACUGGAGACCCAGCUGGCGUCGGUCCUCGCAGAUGAAGACGUCAGGAAAAAGCUGGCAGAAUCCCUAGCGAAUGGCAACGCUCCGAGGGGAACCGUGAAAUCUGAUAUAACAGACGGGGAAUUUUAUCGGCAGCAGCGCGCCAAACUUGGCUGUGGAACAUACGAUUUGACUGUUUCAAUGAAUGCUGAUGGAAGCCCGGUUUUCAAGUCGGCAAACUACUCAAUAUGGCCUGUACAACUGACGCUUAACGAACUGCCUCCACACUUGCGCUGGCGUGCUGUCGUUCUGCCGCUCUUGUGGUAUGGUGCUAAGCACCCUAACAUGACCCUGCUCCUGCAAGCGUUCGCGACCCAAAUGGAUGGGCUUGCCCAAGAGGGGAUCACCUGGAACGCUGGAGGCAUCACAGUCAACUCCAAGGUGUACUGCAUCAGCAGUGUGGCGGAUGCCCCUGCAAGAGCUGCCAUGCAAAAUGUUAUGCAGUACAACGGAUACUUUGGCUGCUCCUGGUGCCUCCACCCUGGAGUAUGUAUCCAGGGCUGCAUCAAGUACCCUGUGAGCACCGGAGCCGUGGACGACCGCACUGAGCACGGGAUGGUUGCGGACAUGGCGGAAGCAGCACAAACCAAGCGCACGGUUCGCGGCGUGAAAGGGCCUUCACCACUCCUCAACGUGCCUGGCUUCAACAUAGUCUUAAGCUUCUGCCCAGAUUACAUGCAUUGUGCCCUACUUGGUGUAACGCGCCAGUUUGCAGAACUCUGGUUCUCCAGCGUCGGUGAGCAGUUCUAUAUUGGGGACCCUGCACGACAGUCAGUUGUGAACAAGCAGCUGUGUAGCCUGAAGCCGCCACAAUGCUUCAAUCGAGGACCACGGGCCUUAAAGCUCCGUAAAUAUUGGAAGGCAGCGGAGUGGCAGUGCUGGCUGCUAUAUUACUGCCUGCCUUGUCUAAAGAGUGUACUGCCAGUGCAGUACUAUGAGCAUUUCGAGCUCUUCGUCUCUGCCCUGUACUUGCUAGCAAAAACAGAUGUGGAAGCGAAAGACAUUGAUGUGAGCACAGAGAAGAUCACAGAGUUUGUUGUGCUGACUGAGUACUUGUAUGGUAAGGAGCACAUGAGCUCCAACCUUCACACACUUUUGCACCUUCCAAAGGCAGUGCUCCUUCACGGCCCACUAUGGGCACUGUCUUGCUUUCCUUUUGAAUCCAAUAUGGGACAUCUUUUGAAGCUUGUGUCUUCUUCUAAUGGAGUUCCUUUUCAAAUUUUAUCCCGCACUCUCCUUCGAAAUAGUUUUUUUGAACUAGUGAGCAUGGCUUCGAACGAGGUGCAAGAGUACCUCUCACUGAAGAAAAGGCGGAGGCAAGAUAACUUGAAGCUUUUAGGUAAGCCUAGACAGCUGCCCGAGCAUCUCUAUGAACUUGUUGAGGAGUUGGCCCCAGAAGGCACACUGGAGCUUAAGGAGUAUGAUCGUGUGUGUGUGGCUGGGCACACUCUCCACAGCACUCAGCACAAAGCUCCAUCAAAGCGGGACUCCACGGCCUUUAAGCUAGGAGAUGUGUAUGCGAGGGCCGAGCACAUACUUUCUGCUGGUAGCGACGGGAGCCAAAAUGUGUAUGUAGUCUCACAUGGUUAUGAAGUGACAGACUUCGGAAAUGUAACGCACCUCAAGCUUGCACGUAAGCAAUCUGUAAAGAAAUUGCAUAGGCUCUCUGGGCAAGUGCGUCCUUGCAUGUACCUAGAUGUUGACGGUGGUGUUAUUUUUGCUGAACUGUGCAAUAAGUAUGAAUGGUCCUAGAUGAUUGAAUCCUUAAAGGGACACUGACAGGGUUUUUUUUUUUCUUUUCGCCGAGGUUUUUAGUUGUACGUGACAUAUGAAAUCUUAACUACUCGGAGCAGAAUUUGCAGCUCGAAAUUCGGUUUCUUUCCGCCCGAAAACCGCCGAUCGAGAACUGGCCGGUUUCAGUCGCG